AUGUUACCCUACAUCAACGGACCCUUUGAUUAUGUGUCGAAUCUCCUUGGAGCCUCUAGAGAUGAGGUCAAGCUGCUCUCACUCUUCCUAAUUUCGUACCCAUUGGCCGGCGUACUCAAGCGCCUACCAGACAGCAAACCCUGGCUCAAGAAUGUCUUCAUCAUCGCGGUCGCCCUCUUCUACCUGGUCGGGCUCUUUGAUCUCUGGUCUGGCCUGCUCUUAGUUGUGUUCGAUGCCGUCGGGACAUACGCUAUUGCCAAAUACGUUCAAGGACCAUACAUGCCAUGGAUCGGCUUCGUGUUCUUGAUGGGUCACAUGUCCAUCAGUCAUGUCUACAGGCAAAUGACGGGGUCGCCGAGUCGUGUUGAUAUUACGGGGGCGCAGAUGGUCAUGGUUAUGAAGCUCUCGGCUUUCUGCUGGAAUGUCUGGGACGGGAAACAGAAGCCUGCGGAUCUCACGGAUGAACAAAAGGAUAGAAUGCUGACCGAACUUCCUGCACCGCUGGACUAUGCUGGCUUUGUUGCUUUCUUCCCAUCUCUUAUGAUCGGGCCAGCUUUCGAUUUCGUGGACUACCAUCGUUGGCUGAACACUAGUAUGUUCGAUCUCCCACCAGGCACUGAUCCCCUGAAAGCUCCACCAACUCGCAAGAAACGCAAGAUCCCUAGAAGUGCUACACCUGCAAUGUGGAAGAUGGCGCAAGGAAUAAUAUGGAUCGUCGUCUUCCUCCAAUGCCAGAACUAUUUCAGCUCUGACAUGGUACUGGGGCCACGUUACGAGUCUCUGAAUCUAGGCUGGCGGAUUUUCUACCUCCACAUGAUGAGUUUCGCCACUCGCAUGAAAUAUUAUGGCGUAUGGAAUCUCACAGAUGGAGCCUGUACAUUAGCAGGCAUAGGAUACAAAGGUCUGGAUCCCAAGACCGGCAAACCAAAUUGGGAUCGUCUGAUCAAUGUCAAGCCUGCCGGUGUAGAGCUCGCGCAGAAUACGCAUGCUUACCUAGGGAACUGGAAUCUGAACACGAACCACUGGCUCAGGAAUUACAUGUACCUACGUGUAACCCCAAAGGGCAAGAAGCCAGGAUUUCGAGCGAGCAUGGCUACGUUUGUGACUAGCGCUUUCUGGCAUGGCUUUCAACCUGGGUACUACUUGACAUUCGUGCUGGCGAGCUUUGUCCAGAACGUGGCGAAGAACUCACGACGCCUCCUCCGCCCCUUCUUCUUGACUCCUGACGGAAAGCCUCUACCUCGAAAACGCUAUUACGAUGUCUUCACCUGGUUCGUCACACAGUUGACCUUCUCCUUCGUCACGGCACCUUUCCUUCUGUUGUCCAUCCACGACAGUCUUGCCGUCUGGUCAAGAGUCUACUUCUACGUUCCCAUCGGAGUAGCACUGUGCUCUGCUUUCCUCGCCUCGCCCGGCAAGGCCUGGCUGCAAAAGAAAGUCAAGGAGCGUACCGGUGCCGCAGGCAAGCCGAAGUUGGCUAGGACAGAGAGCACCGAGUCGAUGCAGGGUGCGACUCUUGGUGUGCCUAGUGAGCCUGGUAGGGAGUUCGAUGAGAUGGUUGAUGAGAUCAUGGUUGAGGUUAAGCACCGGAGAGGUAAUAAGCCGGGGCCAGAGGGUGGAGAUUUGAGGAAGGCGGUCGAGGAUACUUUGCACAAGCAGACUGAAGGCAUGCGGAAGGUGCAGUGA